UGUCACUCCGACCACAUGGCUGAGGUAUUACAACCACACACAAAUACAUGUACAAUACAAUGGAAAAGCGAUUCCACUGUGAACAUUGCAAUGAAAAAAUAAGCAAGGCACUCUACUACCAGCACAAACAGCUGUAUUAUUCAUCUGCUGCUAACAGUUGGACGUGUGAUUUAACACCAGGACACGACAUACACAGGGCUGAGCAAGAAUUUAGCUUCUCGGACGAUGAGAUGGAGGAGACUUCAUGUGAAGGAAAUGAAUCAACAGCUGACACCGAAACUGUCUAUGAACAAGAUCAAGAUGACAAUAUCAUGAGUUCGAGUACAAGUGGUGAGGAGGACACUGACGAUGAUUUUGAGGUGGAUGCUGACGAUGAUGACACGCAGUUAACAGAACUUUGGUUUGAUAAUGACACUGAUGAUGAUGAAAAUACUACUGUAAAAGGUUCUCAAGUAGAGUCAGCAGUCCUACGGAUGGCAAGAUUAUACGCUGUAUUCAUUCUAAUGUGGCAGACACUGUUCAACACUGCAAAAAAUUUUGGUUGAAACUACAUUGCAUAGUCGUUUUAACACUAUUCUUAAACAGUUGAAUCAACUUAAUAUUUAGUAAAAUAAAAAGACAACGUUAAAAUAAUCAGUAUUUUUUUUAUGUGGUUUUAACUUAAAAUAUUGUAGAAUCACACAAUGUCUUUUAUUUCUACAAUAAUUUACAUACAAUCUAUUAUUGAUAUCUUAAAUCAAACUAACAAACUCAUUUUGAUUAAAUUAUAUUUGAAACUCUAUCAUGCAGCAUGUUAGAAUACAAUAUAUAAAUUUAGAUUUAACAAUAAUAAUAUUUGUUCUAACACAGGCACACAUAUAAUUAUAUACAAUCAAUAUUUUUAACAAUCCAUUUAUAAUAGCAUGAGUGAUGUGAAAUUAUAUACAGUCAUGAACAUUGUAAGGAAAUGUACAAGUUUGCAUAGAACCAUAGAUAUUAGAGGACCUAGAAACUAAAAUGAAAUUGUGGGCGUGGCUAUGCUAAGUCUAAGAUUGCGCAUGCUCAGUAGAUCUAGAGCUGUGAAACCAUGUGCUCCAAGAAAAGAGAAGACGAUUACCCUUUCUAUAUGCUGGACAUUUGCUGCUAUAAAUCUGACUGUGAUGAUACUUCUGUGAGAGGUAUGACUGUGACUACACCAAGUGGAUGAUGAUACUUUUAGUUCCGUGAGAGGUAUGACUGUGACUACACCAAGUGGAUGAUGAUACUUCUGUGAGAGAUGAGGGACAAACAUAAAGUGUCUAGUUUUCUGGUGAACACUGUCACUGUCCUACAGAAAUUCCUUAAACUGGCAAGCUUGACAUGCGAGAACGAACGAAACAAACAGACGAAUGGAUAGAAGUGGCGUCAUUGUUGGAUAUCCUCUCGGUGGACUCUGUGUGGUCAAGAGUGAUCGGUCUGCUAUACUUGUGAGUCCAGUAUGUUACACCAAGAAGAACUAUUCCUUGGGCUAAUUAAUUUAAAACUAAUUUAACAUUGUAUACCAUUGUCUCGGGCAUUUUCGAAUCAGUUUUUAUUGUUGAAUCUGAUAGGGCGUCCUUUAAGCUUCAAAAUGAUACCAAGAUCGACCUCCUAGCUACUUUCUUUCCGGAGAUAUGUUCGAGGGAACGCUACGAGGUAUUGCAACGCCCUGCCCUCUUGAGUAAAUGAUGCUCAAACGUCAUGAUAAUUGAAGUUCAAUUAUUGGCUUCCGGGCACUUCCGUAUACUCAUAAAGCUUAGUAAAAGAUGUUCUGGAGAAGACAAGUUAGUUAGAUGAAGGCUAGGCGUUCUAGGACUCUCUAGCUAGCUAGUAUAGCUAUGUAGCUGGAUUGCUUGGCACCUAGGAAGGAUCUUUGAAGAAAUAAAGAGACAAAGACUCCUGUCGCUCAAAUGGUGGUGGUAAGUGUCGGAGGCCUGAGAAACGCUAGUCUAUUGGCUAGGAUGUUGUUAUGGAGUGUUUAUGAGGACAAGUGGCACGGGAUACGUACAUCUAAAGAAACAAGAGUGGAUCUACGCCAAGCUAGCUAGCUAGAUAGCUGCUCUUUCUAAUCUAUUUCUGUUGCUAAAUUAUGUUUGUUAAGAAGUGGAGCUAUAAUAUACCUGGCUCCUCUUGAUGAUUGUAAGUACUGGGCUGAUGAAAUAGUCCUGUAAAAGUUGUCAUCUUUUAUUUGUUAAAAAUAAUUAACAAUAAUAGGGAAAUUCCCUGGGAAUUUCCCCUCACGUAGACAGUUAAUUUCAUUGUAGAAAAUAAACGUUCGGUGAGUUUCUUCAACGUCCGCGCUUGACCUGUUUAAAGCUUCAUAGAGACCCAAAUUUUUACAGGUAGGUAGAGGAAGGGUUGAAGUUAGCACCUGUGAAAAGAAAAAUUUUUUGCCCAUGUUUUUCAUUUCUACUAAAUUGGCCUAUAGCUUAAUUUAAUUAUUGCCGCGUUAAGGUCUGUUUUCAUUGGCCCUGUCACAUUUUUGUAUUAACAUGUUAUUUAUUGAAUUGAAUAAUAAUUGUUAUACCGAUUCAUUUGUAAAUCGUUGUUUUAGGAAUUUAUUUAGCUAUAAUGAGUCUUAUUUAUUAUGAUAAGUAUUUUCUUAAUGGUUGUUUUAAUGUAUGGCUUAAGUAGAUUUGACAAUAAAACACAAUAGUUUUAACCUAGCAAUAAUAAUGUUAAAACUACAUUUAUACAUUAAUACUUAUACAGUUGAGCCUCGGUUAUCCGAAUCCCGGUUAUCCGAAUCCUCGAUUAUCCGAAUGCUAGAGCAUAGUGCAAUCUGAGCAUGUGCAGUAGGAAAUUGCCCACGUGGCUGGCAAAAAGAAGCCAGCUGGCAUGUUUUGAUUAUCCGAAUAUUUCACUUAUCCAAAUGGGCCCGGGGACAAAGGUGUUCGGAUAACCGAGGCUCAACUGUAAGUAUUUUUAAAUACAGUUGAGCCUCGGUUAUCCGAAUCCCGGUUAUCCGAAUCCUCGAUUAUCCGAAUGCUAGAGCAUAGUGCAAUCUGAGCAUGCGCAGUAGGAAAUUGCCCACGUGGCUGGCAAAAAGCCAGCUUUUGAUUAUCCGAAUAUUUCACUUACCCGAAUGGGCCCGGGGACAAAGGUGUUCGGAUAACCGAGGCUCAACUGUAGUUGUUAUAAUUAUUACAUAAAAGUUGAAUUGACGCUUUUUGUACUUCGUUAAAGCUACAUUAAUAAAAUUAAUGUCACCUCAGUUUCAAUUGUUUUGACCAUUAAAAAAAUUGUUAAAUUGAUUAAUUUUUUUUGUAGUGAAGGUGUCUAAUUCAGGAAUCAACAUAAUUUUCAUUUUUUUUGCGAAGCUGCUUUCUCUACUUGUUGUUUCGAGUGCUUCUCUUAGAGAAUUAGCACAGAUAAUCCCCAAAAACCUAGGGCAAGCAAAAACAUUGAUUGGACAAGAAAAGGAUUCAUUUUCCAAGUACGUCUCUUGUCCUAAAUGUCAUACCACAUAUGCUUUAAAUGUAUGCACUGUCACUCUACCUAAUAAGACGAAAGAAUCGAAACGUUGCUCAUAUGUCAAGUAUCCUCACCAUCCCCACACUCGACAGAGAAAUCCUUGCAAUGAACAAUUGAUGAAAAAGAUUCGAACAUCAGCCGGAACUAUUUCUUGGUACCCUCGUCAGACAUACUGUUAUCAAAGUGUUGUUGCUUCUUUAAAAACGUUCCUACUUCGACCACACUUUCAUCAUUCAUGUGAAUUGUGGAGAAAUAUUGAAACUGAUCCAGGCACUCUUCGCGACAUAUGUGACGGGAAAGUUUGGAAAGAUUUUUUGACCCCAUCAGGUGUGCCAUUUCUGUCUGUGCCUUACAAUUAUGCAUUGACGAUAAAUAUUGAUUGGUUUCAACCCUUCAAGCAUAGUCCCUAUUCUGCUGGAGCAAUUUAUAUCGCCAUUCAAAAUCUUCCACGGCGUGUAAGAUACUUAACUGAAAAUGUUCUGCUUGUUGGCGUUAUUCCCGGUCCUCAUGAGCCAAAAGGAGAUAUUAAUACCUAUUUAAAACCUUUAGUUAAUGAGUUAAAGGAACUGUGGACUGGAGUUGUCAUGCCAACUGCUUCUGGUACACAAGUGUUGGUACGGGCCGCCCUAAUUUGUGUAUCCUGUGAUAUACCUGCAAGUAGGAAAGUGUCGGGAUUUGUGGGGCACAACGCAUACCGUGCCUGUUCGAGAUGUUUAAAACCCUUCCCUACCGAAGUAUUUGGACAGAAGGCUGAUUUUACAGGCACUGACCGUAGUAAUUGGACUAAACGCUCCACAAUCUCACAUCGUGAUCAGGCACAAGCUCAUAAAGAAGCAAUAACAAAAGCACAACAGAAGCUAAUAGAAAGAGAGCAUGGAUGUAGAUACUCCGUUCUACUUGAAUUACCAUACUUUGACGUUGUUAGGUUCUCAGUUAUAGAUCCGAUGCACAAUUUGUUGUUAGGCACAGCAAAGCAUGUUCUAUCUGUCUGGACGUCACUUGGUAUACUAGACAAGACACAUUAUUUGAGUAUACAAGAGAAGGUUGAUAGAUUUGUUACACCCCCUGAAAUUGGCCUUAUUCCUUCAAAGAUUGCUUCGGGUUUUUCAAGUUUCACAGCCGAUCAAUGGCGAAAUUGGACUCUUAUCUAUUCACUGUGCUCUUUGAAAGGAGUAAUUCCUCACAAAGACUAUGACUGUUGGUUGCUGUUUGUUAAAGCUGUUAACAUACUAUGUCAACGCCAAAUUACUCUACGUAACUUAGAGAAGGGUGAUUCUUUGUUGAUGGAUUUUUGUAAACUAUUUGAACAACUUUAUGGACAAAGAAACUACACGAUCAACAUGCACCUCCACGCUCAUCUGAUGGAGUGUGUUUUAGACUUAAUUUGGCCUUGUUUAUUCUUUUUGGCUAUUCAGCUUUGAGCGUCUUAAUGGGGUGCUAGGCUCAUACCACACAAACUGUAAGAACAUAUCACUUCAGCUCAUGCGACGUUUUAUGUCAGGCCAAUACUAUGGUGCCGAAAAUUGGCCAAUUGAGUUCAGGGAAGAAUUCUAUCCACUACUAGUUCAUCACACCUACGAUAAAGGCUCCCUGCAAGCUUGUUCUUUGGAGCAAGCACUGGCUCAAACACAACAUUCUCGAUCGGUCACCAUUAAACCGUCAUUCCCUAUUAUCGAAAAUGCAUGCACUGUAAAAACUGGAAAGUGACCGUCACCACCAAAAGGUAGUGAAAUACCUGCCACAAUAGUCACCGCAAAUCGACUGGUGACCUUCACCACUUUUUCAAAUCACUACAUUUAAGUAGUGACGAUCACUACAUUUAGGUAGUGAACAUCACCAGAGCUAGUAAAAAUCACUAUACAAAAAUUCUGAAAAUGUGCACAGAAAAUUAUAACAAGCAUUAUGCUUAGCUACUAGCCUAACAUAAUUAUAAUAAUAACAGUGUCUAAUGGCUUGAGUUGAUCAUCAGUUCUUGGCUGUCUUUACAUCCCAACCUCCUCCCUCCUCCUGUAUAUGCAUGAAGAAGAAAGUAUGUUUAUUUUAUUGACGAAUAAUAGACAAAUAUAAAGUCAUAAUAAUUAAUUAUGUAGGUUGGAAGUGUGUACAAAUUAGAUUAUGUGCCGGGGGAUAUCGCAUGAUUAACAAAAAAACUUUUGCAUACCUACUGAGCUUCAUUAUACGUGCAUACGUACCGGUAAACCACGUUUACGUUUUCGUUGGGUAAUUACCUGCUAUGUUACAUAAGCCAAAUAAAGUAAUCCAUGAUGUCACAAAUACUGGAGUAUGCGUGAAGCUGAGCCAAUUAUAGCUACAGAAAAUAGCAGGCACAAUUAUGUUUACAAGAAGAAGGAUCGGCCCGGACUAGUGAUAUACCUGAACAGCACACUGGAGAGCCAGGGAGACUAUGCAAAUUCUAUAUAGAGCAGUAAUCUUAGGAAUCAAUUAUUGUGAGCAGAACAAUAACUUUUGGAAGAACUGCUGUACUGCAAGCCUUGUCAGAACAAUUAAUAGCUUGCUAUAAAUAAUUCAAAAUAAAUGUUAACAAUGGGUCUGCCUAAAACUCUGAAGAGGAACAGCUAUAUAUACAACUUGCUAUCAUAAUCAUACUGAAAAUUAAGGUCAAUGUGCUAUAUACAGGUGGCAGAUUCAAUUGCAUACCAUAAUUAUUAAUUUUGCGUGAUCAGAGGCCGCGGUUACUUAUUUUCCUGGCAAAAGAUGCUACAAUUUGUAAGGCCAAUGUUUAAAUUCAGGUACAGUUUUCUUUCAUCUGCACACAUUCAAACUCAGCCAUGGGACAGUCUCUUAACUAAAGCACUAGCGAUCUGCUACCAAGCUAACUGGCACAUAUAGAUACCGUGCAGUAUCAAUAUGCAGUAUCAAUAAGCAUGGCUCCCACUGCAAAUAUGUCUCAGUGAGGGUCAAAGUUCACUGAGGCUACCAAUAAAGAUGCAAUUGAGAUCCUACUAUUCAACCUUUAUAAUUGUAAGAGCGGCCUCUGAUCAAGCAUAAUUUAUAUACAUGCAGAUUAGGGGGUGUUUAGUAACCAAACAAAUCUAGUAACAACAAUUCUACAAAUCUUUUGCUGACUUUAUAUAGGCUAAGUACAAAGAUGUGAUACGAAGAGAGGUUGAAGUAAGACAAUUAUUUUUUUGGAACAGUUACACUGUCUUGUGUGCAAAAGUAGGACUAACAGAACGAGUGUUGCAAGCGUGCGCUUGCUAAUGCCUCUGCCAGACAGACAGACAGACAGACAGACACACACACACAGUCAGCUUUACCGUAUCCCUCGUGCGGCUACGCCUCGAGGCAUAACUAACAUAUUAAUCACUGACAACAAAUUGUGGCAAUACGGCAGCAGCACAUACCUUGAUUUAUGCCUAUACUUUAGGGUGUCCAGUAGUAUAGUUGCUCCACACGUUGUUUUUUUACUUCAUAUCCUGCAAGUCAAUUACAACAGUUACUGAACGCAAUAAAGUGUGUAACAACAAUAACAGUAUAAAUAAACAGCAGGUGCUGAUGCCUUGGUGGGUGUGUCAAAACUAUUGUCCACUAUUUAUGGCAGUAAACCUCCGAAGACGAGGGCGAAGUCUCGAGGCCAAGGAUGAUUUAAUGUUACCAUAAAUUUUAUAAUUAUAAUUAUACCCACUGAAAUGAAAAAUGCUUGCUGUAUACCUAAGCUAACUCACCUUGCAAGGACUAGUAAACAGUCUUAAAAACUAUUGAAAAUGAACAAAAAGCUUGUGUGUAUAUAGCUUGUAUAGCCAGUGCUAAACUUCUAGCGCUACGCUCUAACUUGUCCAUGUGUGUAACGAGCCUACCCAUCUGUCCUGCCAUUGCUAACUUAUUUUUGGCUCUUUGUGUAUAUAGAUCUAACAAAAUCAGUGCGCCCUUAAGGCAACGGAGUUAUGUUAGUGAAACUACACCCAGUUGCUAUGAUACAAACCCCAAGCGGGACAUAAAGCUACUAGCUAUUGCUAUAAAUACAUCAUGAUGACAUGAUUGCUGCGACACUUAAAGAGAAAACACUACAUGCAACGGCAUUCCAAGUAUUAGAGCAAAAUUACCCAUAACUCGGGAACGAUGCUAUAGAGCUUUUACAUUAUACUUGCACUUCGUGCUCAUUGGAACAGCUAUGGCAAUAUACACACAGACAGACAGUCACAUACACACACAAACACAACUACUGUUAUGUCGCUCAUCUGUAUAUGUAUAUGCUUGAUCAGAGGCUGUGCAUGGCUACUAAAUGUUACAAAGGAGGCUACAAUUCGAGAGAGCCCAUUGUUCAAGAGAGGUGUUUAUUAGCCCUAGCUAAUAAGUAACUAUAUGUAUGCCACAAGAAAGUCUUCUAAAAGCACUACUUAAACAAGCUGCUACCCUAGCUAGCUGCUACCGUAGAUACCAAUCAACCAUGUGCAGAGACAUAGCUACUAUUUGAAUGCGGCCUUCAAGCAUAUAACGGCAAUUAAGCUGCAACCGUAGAUACCAGUAUUAAUAUGGCUGCCAAGUGCAGAGACAUAGCCUCAAAGUUCACUGAGGCUACUAUUUGAGACCAGCUUCUAUUGAAGACUACUUUAUACGUAUAAGCAUCAGUAGUUCGAAUUCUACAAAUUUUGCUGCAUUAAAAAAAGAACAAAAGAGGAUGGAUGAUUUUAGGAUGGACGAUUAUUGUGAGAGUACAGGAAUGUAAGCCCUACAAUGCUGAGAGGGUUAGCCUGGAGGUAUUACAAUGUGAAGUCCCUAUUUUGCUUCUGAACUAGUAUAAUUAAUUAACUCACUUGUGUUGUGCAUGCUGAAUGAAGCUUAGGGCAAUGGGCUUUAAUUGGUCUCCCCUUCGUUUAAGCCCUAUUAAAUGAGAAGUGUUUACUUGCACUUUGCUUGUCCUUCAUGAGAAAUUCGGUUCUGCAUAAAAUAUUAAUUUAAACUGUGCAGCAUGUUGAGGAACUUACCUAGUUACACAGUUUUGUCAAACAACUCUCAAAGCGUUCUCUAAAAGCUCCACUUGUCUGCUUCUACUCCAGCAAAUAAAUUAUUGUUGAUGUGCAGCUGCAGAUUUGCAGCUGCAUAAUUGCACGUGCCCUUAUUUGGUCAUAGGUCUAUUCAACAAACAAGAGCGCGCAAGGAUUAUUCUGAGGAUAUGGAUAUGGAAGGAGCUAGCUAGCUAGCAAGCUAUCUAGAUCUUCCUAUUACAGUUCAAUUCAGUGACAAGGAAAGGCAUUUGGCAGUCUUAUAUUGCUGCUACUAAAGGAUAAGGAAUAGUAGUGUGUGGAUGAAUAACAAUUUCAGUGUUGAAUCAUGUAGCUUAGAUAUUGAUGUCGUGUAACAUCUUAUAGUAAAAGCAUUCCAUGAACUGUUUUACUGAGGCAAUUAUGGUUAACAGUAAGCCGGGUUGCGUGUUGACUAUGUCUUGGUGACUCAGUUUCUGUAAAAUAGACCACUAAAUCUAGAUCUACCUGGUACGGGUUAGCAGUAAGUCGUGUUGCGUGUUGAUCGGCCAGGUACAGAAACCUCUUUUCAAAGAUGUUACACAAUUAAUACAUAGCUUCAACUAGUAAUUGUAUUUGUAAAUUCGUGUGAAUCAAUUGUUAAUUAGUAAAAUCUUAUUGUGUACUGGCCUUAAUAAUACGAAUGCAGAUAUGCCAUUGUAACUGUUCAAGCUAGCAGUAACGUUAUACGUCUAUGGAUUGAUAAUCUCAUGCUUCUCUUUCAUUGCAGAAUAUGGAAUGCUGCUCAGGCAAAAAAGCUUAGUGAGAUAUCAGGGCACCUGCACCAUGGGGCCUCUUUGCAGCCUUUAUACUUAGCCAGCAAACUAGAUCCAUCAAGCAUCUGCCUGAGUUUGUCACUCCCUUAGAUUUAACGGCAUAAUUAUUAUUGAUACUGAUUGCCUUAAAGUUACAACUAAAGCUUACGUCUGUACCUGUGGGGAGUGGUCGGGAAUAGUGUAUUAUUUAUGUCCCAGUUUGUCAUCAUUGCCAGUUUGUCAUCAUUGUUAGGGGAGGAGCAAUUGUAAUAAUAAAUAAUUAUGUACUGCAAAUUGUGUACUGCAAUGUUAGGUAAACUUCAUGUUGUUUCAACUUUACAGUCAGUGCAUGGUGGAUAUUAAAAAGACACCAUUACAUGAUCGUAUAAUUAUAAUUAUAGUAAAUAGCCGACCAAACAGACGUCAUGUACUGAUAGAAACUUGUAGAAUAAUUAUAGUCUGUUGUAUUCUUCUGACUUGGUCUUCGACGGUAGCAGGAUCAGGAUAGACCGUAAAAAUGAUAACUUGUGACUUUCAUGAAAUAUUAAAGUAUCACAUUGCAUGCUGCAUGCCUAUAUAUGGAGCUUGUUACACACACAUGAGGUAUACAGGGAACAGUAAUUAAGUUAAGUGAGAGGUACCAUACUGUGAUGAACGACUUAGGACAAUCGAGUCACCGCGGCGGGUUGAAUCAUAGAUAGUAGAAAGAAAGAUUUCUACUAUCUAUGGUUGAAUGUAGUGAGGGACUUUGGUAGUGACCGUCACCACAGUUGGUAUUGAGCUAUGUGGUGAAGGACUUAGGUAGUGACCGUCACUGCGAUUGGUAGUGAGGAUCACCACAUACACAAAUCACCACCAUGUAGUGAUUCGCUUAGGUAGUGACCAUCACCACAUUUGGUAGUGACGGUCACCACCCUGUUUUUACAGUGUGGGAAUCAUAUCAGAAAGAUAUGUUAGAUCGUAUUAUAAUGUCGGUAGCUGUAGGUCACAACAAUUGCGCUCUUUUGUCCUUAUAUGAAAGCACAGCGAGUCUCACAAUAGAUGGAUUCGUGCUUGGCUCUGCAAACAGUCGCUAUGUCACAAAGUCUCAUGUGAUGGCUUGUCACCCUAUCUAUCCAGAUCAGCUUCAUCUAGCAAGAAUUGAACGUUUUUGCAAGAUAAACAUAAAAGCAUAUUCCGGUGCAUCUCAAUGUACAAGUUUCCAAGUUUUGUCUGAAUGGAUUGCUUACGUCACUUUUUACGAUGAGCAUAAUUGCAAAGUCUGGUUUGGAGGUCCUACUCAAGUUUGGGCUAGAUCAUUGUCUACAUCUGAAUAUGUUCGAUUAUCUAGUAUAAAGAAAAGAGUGGCUUUUUGUGAAACAGACAUUGACUUUGGUAGAGUAAUAGGAACACAAAGGGUACUGGUAGUGUCACUAUUGUCCAACUGAAUUUUUAUUUUCACAUGUAUAUAUAUAUACGCACGGCACGUACAUGCAAUGGUGUAAUUUUCUUUGCAUCGUCCCAUAAUGAAUUCAUGGCAUGGAUCACUUGCAAUUUUAUUAAUGAGUCAUGUGCAAAAGGGUAAAUAUUAAUCACAAAAUUAAUUAUUAAUCUAAGCUAAAUAUAACUUAAAUCUUACAAAUAACAUCAAUUCCAUUUUGCGCAGUAGGCCUGAACAAAUAUCUUGGAGAACGACAUUUGACUGAGAAGUCAUCUAUGGCUUUCCUUACAUGUACAUCACCUCUGAGCAUUUUACUCUCUAGCAUUCUGAUGAGAAUACCACCAACAGCAUACAUGUCACUCAUUUUGGACUGUUUUGUUAGUCCUUCGACAACUUCAGGUGCAAUAUGGGAAUAGCGACGGAUAUAUUCGGCCUUUUCACUUUCAGAGAGGUGGUAUCGUUUUCCUCGUUCUACUGUUGUUGCUUUCCCAAAGUCUAUCACUACUAGCUGCAUAUACCUCCGACUUGAUGAAUCAGUUACCGGUGCCUCAGUAAGGCUCUCGCCAAUCAAAAUGUUGUUGCACUUGAGAUCAUUAUGUAGGACGUGAACUUCAUCAUGCAAAUACCGCACUGCUUCCAUAAGUUGGGCACAAAGUGUUAAAACUGUUUCUUUAAGCUGUUCAAUCAUGGUAGAGAAAGCAUCAGUCAGUGUCAUCGAUGUAGUUCCAAAACCAUGAAAUUGCAUUACAAUCCUGAGUGGCUUCGUAGUAGUUAAUACACCAAACAAGAAAGGUAGAUGAGGGUGAGAAAAGCGAGCUAAGAUAUUUGCUUCUUUGUUAAGAUCGUCUAGUAAUGAGUGGGGGAGCAGUUCUUUCACAGCCACUUUUACAUUACGAAACAGCUGCAUCUUAACAAUACCAAAUGAUCCCCGACCAAUAUACAUUUCAGUACUUUCUGUCACAUCUGGUGGAUCAUGCAGCAAAUCUUGAUCGAUUUCGUGUACAUGUACAUUUACCUCUCUCGUGACGCUUGAGCGUGUCCGAUGCAAUGCCCUCUCACGUGCCAUACUCUCCUUUCUCUGUUGAAGCUCCCACCGCCACCUCUCCCAAUAUGAUCUAGACAUAUUUCUAUAUAGCACCACAUUCUUCUCCGCUUUAUUCCUUAAAGCCUUUUCCUGGCUUAAAUGGGCCUCAACAGCUUUUAUUCUUGAUUUCCUUCGCUUUUUUCUCUCGCUUCUCAUUUUUCUCUUCUCUUCGAGGGUGUUAGAUCGGCUAUAUCUUUUUUCCAGCACCUGUACUGUUCAUAGUAGCACUAGAAUGUGGCAAAGGAGACUCAAGCUCUGCACUUGGACUUAUUGCGACCGUAGCCAUUUUUAAUUCUAGCAAAAUGAACUUUGAACCUAAAAUAAUGUUCAAAAAUCAACUUUGAACCUUCUGACCUUUAACACGAGGUACAUAUCAUAACUAGCUAGCUAGCUAGCUGAGACCUUUAUCUGUACUGCACUGUACUGUAUUGUGGUGCUAGUGCAGAGGAGAUACUUAGCUAUUUAAACUAUCUCUUUGCGAGGACAAAACUCUAGGAAUGUGAAUUGGCAGGCUAAACCAACCUACAUGUACCCCAUGGCCGACCCAACGAUUGCGCAAUUGCUGAUCCGGACAGGAUCCACUGUGAAAAUUAUUGGACUAAAAGAUUGUGAAUGCUGCCUGCCACAAGCAACAAAAGUAGCUCUCAUUAUCUCAGUUAAUUUUUAUAAUGUUAAUCCAUGUAGAUCAUUGAUCAUCUUUAUAUACUUUUUGUCGUAAACAAUUCAUCAAGCGCAGACGCAUACGUAACUAUACACAUAAUUAUAGAUAAAUGUAAAACACCCAGUGAAAGUCACGAAUUCAUUUGCAUUGUAAACUUGCUGAAAACUUGCUGUAAACUAGAUGUGCCCAGUUUACAAUCAUGUACAUCAAAUAACAAGUUUACUGUUUGGGAAUCUACCUUGUAGUCUUCGUGCCACAGUUUACUUGCAUGUAAACUAAUCCUAUUUGUAUAUCUCUGUAAACUAUGAUGUACAUAUCAAGUCUACAAAAAUGUAUAUUGCUGUACACUACCCUAUCUGGCCCUGUGUUGUUGUUGACAGUUUCAAUCAGCUUGGUAGUGAUUCACACUCCCUAAUAAAGUGUUGACAUUGUGUCAUCUAGUAGUGGGAAUCACUAUAACACUUAUUGUAGCUAAUUAGUGAUAAUUAUAUUGAUAUUUUUAUUUGUUCCUGUAUAAAUAGCCAUGCUGCGCUUCUGCGCAAAAAGUUGAUACAGUUUUCCUGGGCUUUGGCUUUUAAUAGAAUGAUCCCUCACAUACUUAUAUGCAGAUAGUUAGGUACUUCGGUAAUAGAUUUGCUGAAUCAGCGAUUAUCAGCAGGCACUCGACUGAGACAACGUGAAGUAUUGCAUAUCUUGCCGUUGCUAGGCUACACCAUCAGUAUCGUGACCUCAAGGUCAGUGCAAUUGAACCUCUUUAUAACGGACACGUUUGAGGAACAAAAUUUUAGCUGUACACAAACUGUUCAUUUAGGACCUGGUCUUUAUUAUUAUAUCAUAUAGACUAUAUGAUGCACAGUUUGUCUGUUUGAUGCAAAAAAAAGAACCUAAUAACUGAAUUUGAAGAUAGCUGUUAUAUACUGUCUCUACUGAUCUAAACCCAAACUAAUCUCAAGCCUACUCACCAAGGAGCUCGCUUUGUUUCAAGUCUACUCACCAAGGAGCUCGAGGCUGCACUGAAAGAUGAAGUUGGAGAAAUGGACUCUAUUUUUGUUUUUUCUGGUAUGGCUCUCACGCCUAAGCACGCUCAAGGAUGGUCCACCAGGCGCAUGUAGUAUGUUCUCAAGCUGUAUGUUAACUCUACCUGCUGGACAGUCCCAGAGAUCUACUUUCAGGAGAUCAAGUAAAAUCUCUCAGUCUUUGGGCUCUAAUUGGAACCUAAACAAAGCACACAAACUCUACUUCCUAGUUAUCCUUGUUCUCUCUGGCGAUAUUCAGUCUAACCCUGGCCCUGUUGUCAAUUGGAAGUACCCUUGUGGAAAAUGCAACUGUUCUGUAAAGACCAACCAAGCUGGAAUCAUGUGUGAAGUCUGCUAUGCAUGGCACCACUGCAAAUGUGUCUGCAUUGAUGAUUCUGAGUAUCACAGGCUCCAGUUGUCUGAUGAAGCAUGGUGUUGCUCCUCUUGCUUCAGGACAGCCUUGCCGUUCCAUGACUCAUCAACACUAAACUCUACCAUCAGCUCAACCUCUUGCUCUACCUCAGACUCUAUUUCUUCCUCACUCGCCAGUUCUCAUGGAAGGGACUGCACAAUUGUGUACACUAACUGUCGCUCCCAAAAUGGAUAUCCUUCGUACCCAUGCUGCCUCCUUUUAUUUGGAGCACCCCCCUUUAGAGAGGGUUCAAAGGUUACGCCGACAAUGACAACUGUAGAUCAAUUUGGAGCAGUUCCUUUUAGCUGAAUUUUUAUAUUAAUUUUAGUGUUUAGUAUUAUUAUAAGUGUUGUUUUGUGUGUAGUAGGAUCAUAAUUAUGACUCCGA